GUAUUUUUAUAAUUAAGGCCACGUGAAUUGUCAAAUGAUGUUAUGGAAGGACCGGACUAUGAAUAGAACCAAAACAGAAAUAACGUCAAGCAUGCCCUUUAUUGGAAUAAGUAUCAACUCUAUUAAAAUAUAAUUGAAUUAUAGCAGACUCUUAUACUGCUUACUGGGACAAUGCGCGACCCCGCGUGGUCAGACAGGGGCGGCGGCGCGCAUAGUUGGAGCACGCGGUGCGAGCGAGCGGGCGCGCGCGCGUCUCCGUCUCUAACCGAAAAAGGAGAAACGAUUGUGCUCGAUUGAACUACCGCGAACGCCGCAGCGACGGAUGCUGCUCUGUAAAUUAUGUAAAUUAAAGACAUGUAUCACGCUAUUUUCUUGUGAAUACGCCGCGUUACGUUCACCGGCGGAAAGGUGUGCUGAUAAUCUGGCGGAAAGGGAGAGCAAUAUGUUUUUACCAGAUGAUGUGUCCAGGAGGAUUUGCAGGAUUUAACGACGCCGCUCAAACAAGAGAAACACACGCUCGUACGAGAAAAGGAGUAAACACCGGCAACGCCAUACUACAAUUUACGAUUAUAUCCGACGAGAUGCUGACGAACUGUUGAGUCUUGGCAUUAAAUUAGGAGACCCUUUCGACAGGCUCGCUUCAGUUCAAAUAGCGAACAGAGGAUGCAGCACACCGGAUACACCUGAAAAUCUCCCCUCACUCACCAAAGGUCAUUAACCUGUGAAUCAGUCACCGCUGAGCUAGCCACAAGAAACUGUUGGUAGGAAAUGGAGAUAAGAAAAGUACACAGCAAAAGCUGAAGUGACCUACACGGAUACUCUUAACAAUACACACAUUCUCUGAUACUCCUGUGAACUCAAGGGCUCGUGGAGUAUAAGUGCCACAGAAAAGAGCGAGUGAUUCCUGUCGCUGACAGCUGGCAACACUGGAAGAACGCCUGAGGAACUUCAUAAGAGGGUGAGAGGGUGAUCACUGAGAGAGAGAGACGGGGACAGACAGAGAGCCAGAGUGCAGGAGGGGGCGGCGGCGGAGGAGGACGAGGAGUGGGAAAGGUCAAUCGCCAUGGCGACAGACCCAGGAGAGCCCACUGCCACGGAGGAGUCCUCUGGAGAGAAACCUGAUGGAGAGAGGGAGGAGGAGAGUGACCAGGGGAACAGGGCCGCCCGUGAGAGAGAGAGGGUGCACAGCACUCCAUCUGACUUACCCUCCUCCCAGAGCCAGGAAAGAAGAGCAUGGGGAGCAGGAGGAGGAGGAGGCGGAGUGGAGGACUGUAAAGAAACGGAGGCAACGGUCAGACCUCUGACCUUCGUCAUGCCCUCCUCCCCAGCGACCCACGAACCUUGCCGGAAACGGGAGAACAAACGCUUUUUUCGGAAGAGUGUAGAGAUCUGCGAAGAAGAUGAUGAGGUGGAUGAUAUCCCAGACGCCCCGCAUAGCGCCCCUCACCUCGAGUUUUGUGCCUCCGACUCCGUGUUCACCAGCGGAGCCCAGCAGUUACCCACCAGUGCCUCGGCUGCCUUGGGUGAAGAUGGCACUCAGGGCACACAGGAUCCUGAUAAGGCUGGCAUUUCUGUGCCCACCCUGAAAGGGAAGGAGAGAGAUAGAGAACAGGAAGAAGAGGCUGAGAUGAAGGCCGUUGCCACUUCGCCUGGUGGACGCUUUCUAAAAUUUGACAUCGAGCUUGGCAGAGGAGCAUUUAAAACUGUUUACAAAGGCCUGGACACGGAAACCUGGGUGGAAGUUGCCUGGUGUGAGCUGCAGGAUCGAAAGCUGACCAAGGCGGAGCAGCAGCGAUUUAAAGAGGAGGCUGAAAUGCUGAAGGGUCUGCAGCAUCCCAACAUUGUGCGUUUCUAUGACUCUUGGGAGUCUGUUCUUAGAGGGAAGAAGUGCAUCGUCCUUGUGACCGAGCUCAUGACCUCAGGAACACUCAAAACGUAUCUUAAGCGCUUUAAGGUGAUGAAGCCCAAGGUUUUGCGCAGCUGGUGCCGGCAGAUUCUGAAGGGUCUCCAGUUCCUACACACUCGUACGCCACCCAUUGUUCACCGUGACCUCAAGUGUGAUAACAUCUUCAUCACAGGCCCAACAGGAUCAGUAAAAAUUGGGGACCUGGGUCUUGCCACCCUCAUGCGGACAUCGUUUGCCAAGAGUGUCAUAGGAACUCCAGAGUUCAUGGCUCCAGAGAUGUAUGAGGAGCACUAUGACGAGUCAGUGGAUGUCUAUGCCUUUGGCAUGUGCAUGCUAGAAAUGGCUACCUCAGAGUACCCCUAUUCAGAAUGCCAAAAUGCUGCACAGAUCUACCGCAAAGUCACAAGUGGCAUCAAGCCUGCCAGUUUUGACAAAGUAAAUGACCCUGAGGUAAAAGAAAUCAUUGAGGGCUGCAUUCGCCAAAACCGAUUAGAGCGGCUCUCAGUGAAGGACCUCCUAAAUCAUGCCUUCUUCGCAGAGGACACCGGUGUUCGUGUGGAGCUUGCAGAGGAAGAUACAGGCUGCAAAGACUGCCUGGCCCUGCGCAUCUGGGUUGAAGAGCCAAAGAAACUCAAAGGCAAGCACAAGGACAAUGAGGCCAUCGAGUUCAGCUAUGACCUGGAGAACGAUAGUGCUGAAGAAGUUGCUCUAGAGAUGGUAAAAUCUGGCUUUUUCCAUGAAAGCGACGCUAAGGUAGUGGGGAAGUCCAUCAGAGACAGGGUGACUCUAAUUAAGAAGUCUCGUGAACGGCGGCUCCUCCAACAGCAGCAGCAGCAGCAGCAGCAACAACAGCAAAGUCUGGAUGAACGCCGUGAUUCUUCUGUCCUUACCACCUCCAUUCCUUAUGUUCAUCCUUCUUGCACCACCUCCUCACAGGGCACAGGUGCCGCUGCAGCUGCCGGGGGUCAAGGAGAGGCAGAGGAGCUGCCAGAAGUUGACCAACAUGUCCAACAACAAGGCACUGCAUCAGGCCUCACAGAGAGUGAGAGUCUUGCUGCUGUCCCUGGACAGAGCCAAGCCUUUUCAGCUCCCGAUUCAGGGAAUCCUUGUGCUCAUGCUCAAACCAGCUACCCCACUGGCACAUCUGGAGCGUCUCACCCUCAACUGCUCCCAAUUGGUCAGAGCGGAGGGGUUCCAAAUGUGCCGGUUGGCCAGAAUGGUGGGAUAUCUGGCAUUUCCAUUGGCCAAAGUGGUGGUGGGGCUCAGACUUUCAUUCAACCAGUCACUAUGGCUUCACAGGUCCCAUUAAUUGUGCCUCAACAAUAUUCUCAGCCCCUUCCACCUUACUCAGCAGAUGUUGCAUCCUCACAAAUGUUACACUCCCGGCCUACUGAUGCCUCCACUCCCCACAGUUCCCUAAUACAGUCACAGACAUACAUGCCCCCAGUAUCGCCCCAGGCACCCAUGGCUGUCCUUACGUCCUCUAUUCCGACUGGAGAACCAAUAGCACCAGCAGGCAACAUCAUGCCACCCAUACAGACCCAAACUAGUAUUCCUCCUCUUCAACCCAUGGAUGUUUUGCCCCUGCAAACUGUUGUUCAAAAUCAACAGCAAGUGAUGCCUGAAUUGCCCAGAACGCUGCAACCUAACAUCCAGCAACCAACACCACAACAGCAGGCAAAUGUAAUGCAGCAGCAUCAGACAGUCUUGUUGCCACAGCAAACUGACCAGGUUCAGCAAAUUAAAGUUUUGUUACAACAGUCACAGCAUGCAGAACAACCCCAGGUGGUUCUGCAGGAGCAGGCCCCACAUUCCAGUGCAUCUCAACAGCCAUAUAUCCCAUUACCACAGCAAGCACCGCCAACAAUGACCAACCCACAGCAAAGUGAGCUGCAACAGCAGGUGUUUAUACAGCAACCUCAAAGCAAACCCCAACAACAAGUUGGGAUACAGCCUCAAGUUCAGCAGCAUCAGACAUCAAUACAGCAACCCUCAGUUGAUCAGUAUCAACACCAGACUCAGCAACAGCAAGUGUAUGUGCCACAAAUGGCAGAAUCACAAGACCAGAACGUGAUAAAGACUGUGAUACAACAGGUACCGGUGCUGCAAGCAAUUCAGCAGCCAUUACAAUUGAUAGAGCAACAACAGCAGCAGCUUCUGAUUAGGCAACAAAUUGAGCAACAUCAGAAGGCUGCUUUACAAAACCAAAUGGAGCAACAUCAACAGCAAGUUUAUAUUCAGCCACCACAACAGCAAAAAGUGGAACAACAACAAAUUCUUAUGCAGCAACAGCAAAACUUGGCAGUAAAGCAACAGAUAGAGCAACAGCAGCAUGCAUUAAAGCAACAAAAGCAAAUAGAGCAGCAGCAAAAAGCCAUUUUACAGCAACAGGCAGAACAGCAAAGACAGCAGCAACAGACUUUGUUUCAGCAACAGCAGCUGGAGCAGCAACAAGUAUUACUGCAGCAGCAACAGCGUGAACAACAACAGGCUCUUCUCCAGCAGCAACAGUUGGAGCAGCAAGCUUUACUGCAACAACAGCAGCAACUUCAGUUAAAGCAGCAACAAGCUCUUCUACAUCAACAACAGCUGGAGCAGCAGCAGCAGGCUUUGUUUAAACAGCAGCAGCUGGAGCAACAGCAAGCUCUUUUGCAGCAGCAGCAGCAGCAAGCUCUCGUUCAGCAGCAGCAACAGUUAGAGCAAAAAGUACUGCUACAGCUGCAACAGCAACAGCAGCAACACAUCGAUCAGCAGCAAAAUUUAAUACGCCAACAGCAGCCUCAGCAGAUCGAGGCUGUUUUACAGCAACAACCACAACUUCAGAACUCAACUGAUCAACAAUUGCAGCAGCAAAUAUUUCAACAACAGACCGAGCAGCAACAGAUGCAGCAGCAUCUACUGAUGAAACAACAGCAGAUGGAAUUACAGCGACAACAAGCUCUACAAGCUGAGAAACAACGACAGCAAGUUCUAUUGCAACAACAACAUUUGGAGCAACAUGCAGCUCUGGUGGAUCAUAGUGGGCAGCAACAAGCAACCCUGGUGAAAGCACAGUCUCCAGAAAUGGUCCAGCAGAUUAGUCAAGUGCAGCAAUCUCAACAAAUGAUGUCUCUACAACCGCAGCCUCAUCUUGCUCAACAACAAACUGACCAGACCCAGGUCUUGACUCAGCAACAAGCCAUUCUUCCCCAAGCAACACACAGACCUUCUCUGGUAGACUUGCAAAUCCCAACCCUGCUUCAAGCAGCACCUAAAAUAGUCAGCACUCAAAUACCUACCCAAGUUCAAGCCCCAGUACUUUUGCAGCAACAGGUGCCACCUCAGAUGUCAGCUCAACCUACAGCACAAGUACAACUCCAGAGUCAAGGUGAACCAACAAUUUAUGACCAGAUUGCAAUGCAGAGUCAAAGUCAUCCCGCACAGCAGUCAAUGGGAGGUCAAAUUCAGACAGGCCAAUUGCAAAUUCCACAAUCAACCCAACAAAUCACAUCCCCAACACAAGUUCCUACACCACAACCCAUUCAUUCUUUUGUUCCAACUUCAACACAGAUGGUCUCACAAGGGCAAACCCUUCCACCUCAACCUCAACUGGUACCCCCUCAAGCUGCAGCUUCUCUCCAGUGUCAAGUUGCAGUAGGGUCAUCUGCACCUGCAUCUUUUGUUCAAGCUACAGUCCCAACUGCUUCUACACUUGUGCCCACACAGUAUGCUCAAGCACCUGUUGCUUCUCAAACGAUCCAGUCUGUUCAGUUAGACCUCACUCAACCUGUGAAGCAGCAACAACAACAACAGCCGCCUCUGCAGCAAUAUCAGCAAGCGGUGCUAUCUCCGGUGUCACUUGCACCUACGAUCAAUCCAGUGGCUUCUUCCUCAACACAGUGCUAUUUACAGCAGACAAACCAAUCACAAAUUCAGGUCCAAACCCAACAAGUAAUUCAAGCUCAGCAACAACCAGUCAGUUUGGCCUCGAUGCAGGCAUUCUUGCAGCCCCUACCUUUAGUGCAGCCUCAGGCUACCCAACAGUAUGAGCAGCAUUUGCCUCAAGCCCACCACGUGCAACAACAACCCCUCCACCAUCAGCAGCAGCUUCUGCCCCCAAAUGCUGUUAUACCACAAGAUAUCCACCAACAAACGUGUCAGCCUCAACCAGUGCUCCAGCAUGUGCUCCCAUUACACACUGCACCCAGUCAGGUACCUCAGUCCCAAGCUAGUACAGUACCUCUCUACAGUCAGGUGGUGUCAGCUUCCCCCCAGCAGAAAUUAACUCUUCACACUCAAACACAGUCUAGCAUGCAGUCACAAGUGCUCUCAAACUCACAGGCACAGACUCACAUAGAGCCCACUGGAGCAUUUGAGCAUCCUCAUUACACCCAGGCUGCCUUUAUGCCAUCACAGAUUCCCACAAGUCCAUCUCAUACUUCCAUACAGCCCUCUUCCACUCUCCCAGCCCAACAACCAGUUGUCCCAGUUUCAGAAAUUCCUGUCCCAGCAGACGCACAGCUAACACAGGCAAGGCCUGCUGAUUUGAUCCCUGCUUCCACUCCUACUGUCAAUACUACCCAGUCCCAUGACUCAAACGGCUCUGUGCUGACAACCGCCAUGCUGGCAGAAAGUGACGCUGCAUUGCUGGGCAUUGCUCAGGAAAGCCUAAUUCACUCUGCCAACAGGGGAUCUUUAUUAUGCUCUGCUCCUACCAAUGGAGAUGAGGGCCAGUUGGUGUGGCCUAGUGGAAAACUAGAUAAGGCAAAAUGUCAGAGGAGAUCAUCCUGUCAGAAGACUGAAAAAACUCACUUCCAACUCUGCAUGUUGCAGGUCUCAUGCACAGGAGACAACAUGGUAGAAUGUCAGUUGGAGACUCACAGCAACAAGAUGGUCACGUUCAAGUUUGACAUUGAGGGAGAUGCACCUGAAGACAUUGCAGAUUACAUGGUGGAGGAGGACUUCGUCCUUGAGCCUGAAAAAGAAAAAUUUGUUGAGGAGCUGAGAUGUAUAGUGAAGAAAGCUCAAGCAAUAUUAAGUACUCAGUCGCAGACUGGAUCCCUGGAGCAGCUCCAAGUGAGCACCCCAUCCAGUGCAACAAUGGAUUCAGCCCCUCAGUCUUCUCCAGUAGGUCGCUGGCGGUUCUUCAUUAACCAGACUAUUCGUCACCGUGAUUCACACUCCAACCAGGGAGCUUCGACUCCCCCUCCAGUGGGGGAGAACAGAGUUCCCAAGUCCAUAGAAACCGAGAAAGAUCAUGAGAGCCCGCAGCGCUCCGAGUCUUUUGCUGGAAUAGCAUCUUCCCCAAGUUCUUCACUAUCUGCAUCCUCUCCUCCAGUCUCUACUGUAUCCGCUCCUGCAUCCAUGUCAGCCUCAGCCAUGGCUGCUCAAAAAGAUUUUACACCUGCUGCCUUGCCAGCAGUAGAGAAAGUCUCCUCUACUAUGCUGACCGCAGGUCCAGUCCCUGUCAUGGCCUCCAGCACUUCUGCCACUCCUUUUCCUGCAGCCAUGGCCCUCACAGGCUCUAAUGUGGACCAAGGAGAAUCUGCUGUUAAAGGUGAGGGUCAACAGCCUUAUGUGACUCCUCCAACGUCACUGUUGACCCAUGCUGACCCAUCUCAGCACUUAAUUGUUCAAACCCCAAUGGCACCCUCACAGAUGCCAGAUAUACCUCAACAAAGCCAGACACUUCAAUCAACAUUGAUCACAACUGAACAAGUUCAGCAACCGCAGAUUACCCCUCAGCCACUUCUGCAGGAUGCUCCACAGCUACCUAAACCAGAAUCAAAAUCGCUACCACAGGCAGUGCCUAAAGAGAUGGUUCCUUUGCAUGAAGGUCUUUCAGCUGCCCAAGUUCAGCAGGUCCCUCUCCAGCAAGUACCAGUAGAAUUGCAACAGCAGCCAAUGCAGCAGACCACAUUCUUACAGCAAACAUCCAGUGCAGAGCAGAUACAGCAGCACAUGGCAGAACAGUUUUUAUCUCAAGAAACCAAAUCAGCUCCAAUGAUACUGACCAUUCAUCCACAGCAUGGCUUCCAGACCCAGGAUCCUCAGCAGGUUCAAGCUCCAUUGCAGUCUAUGAUCCCCCAGCAGGCUCCAAUUGAGCAAACCCAGACAUUAUAUAAACAGGUCCCACAUGAUAUGAUGCCAGUGGCAAAAACCGCAGUGCAGAAGCAAGUGUCUUUCCAGCAGUCAGAGUCUGAGCUGUCUACGGGUGAGGACACCGUCAGCCACUCUGCACUUCCGCAUCCCUCUUUAGACACCUCUCUUCCACCCCUCCCUCUCUCUGAAACAGCUCUUCCUGCCCUCUCCCACACAUUCACUCCUUCUCCAGCACAGCCUUCUUCAGUAGCAGAGUCGGACAGUGAAGGCCCUCCCAAAAUUGAGUUUGUGGAUAACCGAAUCAAGACUUUGGAUGAGAAAUUGAGGACUCUGCUCUAUCAGGAGCACGGCGGCAGUGGAGCAGCUGUGGGCAGUGCCUCCACAGGAGGAACUGCUCCAGCCUGCUCCACUUCAGGAUCUGCCACAGCCUCUACUGCAGUUGAUGAGUCUUCAGAAGUCCCCUACGCAUUCUCCCUACCUCCUGCCACCUCCUCGGACACCUCCCCUCACUCCACCUCUUCCACAACCUCCUCCACCACCCCUCGCUCUUCCUCCACCUCCCCGGAUGGAGAGCGAGAGAAAGCAGGCGAGGAGACGACGACUAUCCCACCUGCGGUACAACAACAGCCUGCCUCCUCUACAUCCCCUCCAUGCUCUCUUCUUUCCCAUCCACAGGAGCCUGGAUCCCCCAAAGUUACUAUUCAAUCAUCAGUAAGCGCUCCCCCUUCCCUCUCUGACAGCUGCACCCCUGGAGAUGUUCUGUUGCCUUCCUCUUCUCAGCCGCCCGUCCCACUGUGGCCUGGACAGCAGCAGCACAAUGAAGGAGGUGGAUAUUUUGGCCUAAACCUGACAUGUCCUAGUAUCAGAAAUCCUGUUAGCAAGAAAUCCUGGACUCGCAAAUUCAAAAGCUGGGCAUGCAAACUGCGCCACUCCGCCAGCUUGUUCAAGAAGCCCAGAGUCCAGCAAGAUGGCAACUCUAGCCAGGGGAUGAAGGAGGCAUCUACAGAUGACCAACCCUGCUCACGCAGAGGCCGUUUCCAGGUGAUUCCAGUAUCCCAGUCUGCAGAGACCCUUCCAACGCAGGAAGCUCCACCAAGCCAAAUGAUGAGAGUUGGCCGUUUCUCAGUCACUCAAGCUGAACAUCGAGAGGAGCAUUUGACCGACAGCUCCCCUGUGUCACCUGACCUGGAGCGAGAGAGGAGGAAAACGAAAGACGAGAGGAGAACGACAGCACCCAGCCACCCAUCCAAGAGCCACGCGCACUCACCCCUGGGCAGCAGUGAUGAUGAGAGCGAGGUGGAGGAUGAAGACUUAAGGAAAGAACUGCACAAACUCAGAGAGAAACACAUCAAGGAGGUGGUGUCCCUGCAGGCACAGCAGAACAGAGAACUACAGGAUUUGUACAAGCAGCUCCGCUCUCUCAAAGACCACAGACAGCCAAUGUCUAUGAGCCUGUCCCGCACCUCUCCUCUGCCCUCCGCACCCCUCGCUAUCUCCCCGCGCAGACCCCGACCCGCCAAAGCCAAGCUCCGGCCUCGGCCGCACUCUCACAUGGAUAACAACGGAGUCGCACACCAAGGGAGUCUUCAGCAGUCUAGCAGUUAUUCCGGUGGGGAGCAAAGCCGGCUACAUUCACACUGCAAGCCAGAGAAAUCACAAUCCCUGACAUCUAACAGAGACCACAGUCCUUCAGCCCAGGGUUCUGGCAACAGAAAGAGCACAUUCACAGAUGAGCUGCAUAAACUUGUCGAUGAGUGGUCAAAGGAAACUGUUUGUCCAGUUCAGCCCAAGCCUUCGCUGAAUCAGAUUAAACAGAUCCAACAAGUGCAGGAGUUGGGUGGAUGGAGCCAGCCUGCUGAGACAACAGCUUCGUCGGGUUGGUUUUCCGGGGCCCCUUUAAGUACGCCUGUAUCAGUCAGCAUGACCACCAUGACAUCCACCCCCUAUAGCGCCAUUAGUGGACAAACACAGCCGCCUCCGACGCAAUUCCCUAUCGUUCCUCUACCCCAGCAGAACGUGCAUCCACAACCCGGCCCGCACCGUCAGCCCCUGCAGUACGGCCCUUCACCCCUGCAGCAGGCCCAGCUCCCGGUGCCUGCAGCAGGACAAACACCGCCCCCAACCAAUCCAGACGCUGUAUUCUGCUCAUGCUCUUCCUCCUCCUGCUCCUCAUCCUCCUGUUCCACCUCCAGUGCCAAACUUCACCCCAAACCCUCCACGUCCACCCUUCCUUUAGGACAGCAGUGAGCGGAUACUGAUGUACAUCUUGUACAGUACGGACUCCAGUAGCAAGCGGUUGCCUGUUGGUGUGUGUGUGUGUGGGUAUGGGGUUGUAUAAAUACUGUAGUGUGUGUAUUUGUGUGCGCGUGCGUUUGUGUUGCUUUUUUCUUUUUCCGAUACAUAUCCUCUGUGUGUUUCCACACCGUCAAGUUUUAUAUCCGACUUGAACUUGCCCUAUAUAGAGACAUUUUUUGACAUGAGAAAUGAUCCUGUUUGUUUUUAUUUAUCAGUGCUUCAAAAGGAAAGACUCUUUGAUUUUUCUUUUUAAAAAGUGCAAUUAGUAACUGAUAUUUAAAUUCACCUUUUCUGUGUUGUUGUGACGUGGAUCUGUAUAGCUUAAAAGAGAUAUUUUUUAUAUAUAAGCACAGAAGCGACAACAACAACCAGACGUCAACAGCAAAAGAGACAUCUUGAUAUAGCACAACAAUUUGAGCCUGAAGCGAAAUCCAACGCAUGUUCCAGCGCAGAGCAUGCUAACCUUGCAACCAUCAUCGUAGCUACAUUCGAAAAAACACCUGUUGUGCACGGAUAAGGCAUGCUCCUCAUGUAUUAUAUUUUACAAAAAUAAAUAGCGGUAACGUUUUAGAUCUAGCGGAGAUUUUUUCUAGAAUAACGUUAAUAGCCAUCGACUAAUUCCUUUUUCAAAUUCUGCAAUUUUAAUUGUGAGAAAAAAAAGAAACGAUUUUAAUACUUUUUCAUUUGAUUUCAAAUGAAAGUAGCUAAUAUGAUUGCAGUAUUUUCCUCUCUGUCUUAGCGGGCGUUCAUACUUUUAAGGUUUACACUAUUAACAUUAGUCCCAUGGUGAGGAGUGCAAGACUAGACGGCUGUUUGGACUGCUCUAGUGAAGUGAACGCAGCUUGUUCUUGUCCUUGUGUAUUUUCUUUUUGCACAGUCCCGUAUGAACGUGCUGCCGUGCACAUCCAGCUGUGGUCUGUCGACUGUGAGUUUGCUUUUCGUGAAAGCAGCGCAUCAGCAAAACACUGGCAAAAAGACAGAUUCCUCCAUAAACUCUGGUGGAAAUGAUAUAUAUGUACAUAUGCGUAACUGCCAAGAUCAUUUAUGAUUGGGAGGAUAUUCAGAAAUGGGUUGCCUUUCUACAAUAGUUUUUUUUUUCUGAUCAUAAAGUUCGUAUGAGAUUUAAAUUAAGGAAUAGUUUAUCCAAAAAAAAAAAGAAAAAUUGGUUUUAAAUGUACUGACUCAUUGACGAUUCAUUCAUUUAAUCAGAUCUAGGUCCUUUUUUUCAGUGACAUUUUGAAGACGGUGAAAUCGUAAUCAUUGGUGAUUCAUUUAUUUAAAAAAAAAAAAAACAACCUACAGGCAAAACUACAUACAAUUAUGUGAUGUGAUCAGUCUGUGCAAGAAACGUACAAUUAAUUAUGACAUUGGUUGCCUAAUUUUAUUUAGUGCUGGUUUAAUUGCAUUUUAUGACUCACUAAGACCACGGAUUCAGAUAUAACAAAAAAUUCUUGAAAAAAAAAUGUAAUUUACAUCUUUGAAUAGUCUGAUAACUAAAUUGAACACACAUCUUUUCAAAGUGUCCAUUUGCCUAAAAUUGAUGUUAUUAAUUACUCACCCUCAUUUCGUUCCAGACUCCUGAGACCUUCAUUCACCUUCAGAAUACAAAUGAAGAUAUUUUAGGUGAAAUCUGAGAGCUCGCUCAUCCUCCAUAGAGAGACAGCAAGACUCAAAGUACAGAAAAAUGUCAAAAAGGUAUUUGCCUAAUAACACAAAUGAUAUGCCCUCAGUGGUUCAAUCAGAAUAUUAUCAAGCUACAAGAAUACUUUUUGUGCACAAAACAAAUAUAAUCACUUUAUUCAAUAGUUUCUUUAUCUCAGAUUCGCAGUGUCAGUACAAGAGAGCUGUGCUCUUAAACGCGCCCUAUGCUGACACCGAGAUCUAAUUUUUUUUUUAAUGCUUUCACAAAAGUAUUCUCAUAGCUAGAUACUAUUUCAGUUGAACCUCUGAAGGCAUAUGGUCGGCUUUGAGAAUGUGUUUUGAUAUGUUUCAGGACAGGAACUUUGCUGUCUAUGGAGGAUAAUGGAGCUUUCAGAUUUCACCUAAAAAGAAAUCUUAAUUUGUGUUUCAAAGAUGAACUGGUUUGGAAAGACUUGAGGGUGAGUAAUUACAUCAUCUUUUUUUUUUGGUGAACUAAGCCUUUAAUUCCUAGCCUUUAAAUCAGCAGCUACAUAACUCUGUCAGACUACUAUAGAUUUAUAGGAGCAGUUUCUCAUCGAGUGUCGUUCAUAAACCUGCAAAGCCCAUAUACAGAAAACUGACUGUGUUUGUUAAUGUUCUGUUGAAAAAAAGUAAUGGGGGCUUUGUAUAACUGUUUUUCAGUAAGUAGGUGAAAGACGGACAGGAUGGAAUGUAUUGUAAGUGCACAAAAAAUGAGGAACCGAUUUGUUUUGUGAAGUUUUUUUAAAUUGUUCAGAUGCUUGUGGAUGUUAUAAAAGAGAGUCAACAUAAUUGCUGCCUAAACAGGGUUGUGAUCAUUCAGUUUCCAGUAUUUUAUGUCUUUUUUUUUUCUUUUUUUUUAGACAAGACCCACAUUCUCACAAUAAAAGCAAAAGUACAGUGUAGUAGUGGUGAAUAAAAAAAGGCUGUUGUGUCUGAGAAAACUCAAACAUUAUCCAUUUGAGCUGUACAAAUAAGAAAUGUAAAGAUGGCCCUCUGCUGAAGUGUUACCAAAAUGUAAUCUAAAAAGAAAGCAUUAUUUUUGUAUUUAAAAAAGGGGGUUGUAAAAAUGUAAAAUUGUGUACUGAUCAGUGUUCAGAAAGCUGUGGUUAUCUGGUAAGACACAGGUCCUAAACAGUUUCUCGAGUUCCCCUGGCUUCCAACUUUACAUGUUUCUUCUACUAACAUUGUGGCAGUUUAAGAAGGAUUUUAAUUUGAUACAAGUGAUAGGGAAUAUUUUAAGCCAAACCAUUUCCACAGUGGAGCGUGUUUUGGGUGAAGUUGUACGGUAAAACCAGGGGGACCCCAGAAUUACUCAACUGACCACCAAUAAUUAAAGGUUAUUUAAGUGAAAAUAAUCUCUAGAGGACUAAACUUAUUGCUGGUGAUUUAGCGACUGUAAAUUGUAACUAAUUCAACUGUUGAUUCUAUUUAUGUUUUGUAACUAAUCAAAAAUAAACAUCAGAUGUUACAGUAAA